AUGAUGAAACGGAAGGCAGAGGCUGCGCGUGCGAGCGGAGGGUCUAACGGUGUCGCCGCUGCAGGCAUGAAGCGGAAGCGUGACGUGCUCGACAACGAGCGUAUGCCGGCGGGCUUCCAGUUCCCCUACGUGGGCCCAUCCGUGAGCUCGAUGAAGGCUGAACCGGGGCGCUCGCCGACGAAAGCGAACGGUAGCACGGUCAACGCCAACGAUGCUGCGCCGGACAGGCCGGGGAGGAAGGAGAAGAAGCAGAUGAAGGAGAAGGACAGAGAGGGGGGAAAGCAGGCACCUGUGGGCAUUCGCGCGCGGCCUAGUCAGCCACCGAAUGGGAGCGGGAGACCCAGAGGCGCAUCCGUGUCGAGCAAUGCUGCUGCGCCUCACCUACUUCCCCCGCCGCGACACACAGCGACACCCGGAAGCGGACCUUCCUCCGCUGCUUCUUCGUCCGUCUCGCACGUUCAGUCCCUCCCGUCUCAUCCUGCCCCCACCUUGCCUAGUGCCCACGAUCCAUACGCAGCGCGCCCGCCGCAGACACCCGUGCAGCCAGUUCCAGUGCACGAGCACAUGCCCCGCGAGGACUACCAAAUGCAGUUCUCGAGCGACGAUGCGGACAGGAGGCGGUACAAUUCGACGUUCUCCGAUUCGCCACAAGGACCGUCGCUGUUCGACCCCGCAUCGCUCUCGCAUCCCAGUCCAGUAUCGUACAGCACGGGUCCCAGCCCGCCGAACUACUACCAAUAUGCGCCUCCGCCGGGUCCGCCGCAGUCGUCCCAGGGCCCUCCUCCUGGCUACGAGAACGGUCCGCAAAUGAGCCACCCGCAGAAUGUAGCGCCUCCGCCAAUGGGCAGCCUGCCCAUGGAUGCGUCCACGGGCCAGGUUGGGCAGACCGGUCUGCAGAUGUCAACGAUGGUGGAAACCCGGUACGGGAUGCAGUACCGACCUGAGCACGCGCAGCCGAUGCCGACGCAUGACUACCACCCACAUCCGCCACCGCCCCCUCAGGGCAUGCCGAUGUCGGGCUCGCAUGCUUGGCUGCCUCCUGAACACAAUGCGGGUGCAGAGAUGUGGAACGAGUACAAGUAUGUGGGCUAG